AUCCUCGCGACUUCCACUACAGCAGGAGGAGGAACCGGAAGUGUGUAUCGUGGAUGGGGAAAAAAGGGAAAAAGAAGAAAUCUGGGGAAGUGGAAAAACAGGAAGCAGUCUCGGUGGACGGUAUGGCGUCUAAAAGCCAGUAUGGAGGCGUUUUUCUGGCGUUAAUCGCAGUGAUUUUCGCUGUUUCUGUAACCGCUAUCCGGUCAGAGCUGGUCUCGUCGCGUCCCAGCCGGAGAACUGCAGCGCUGAAGAUGGACGAAGCCUUUCUGACCGUCCUGAGCGAGAUUCACAGCGACGUGAUCCUCUCUGUGCUGUCAGACCUGUGUUACCAGUGUUUUCCCCAGCCGGUGGGGUUUGUACCCUCAGUUUCGGGGCCGGGGAAUGUUUCCGCAGUGACCUUUACAGUGAGCACGCAACACGCACUAACGCUCCAGCUAAACAGCACACCAGUUAACACCGAGCUCUGCAGAGUGCACUUCCACUUCGGGGAGCAGGGCAACUACUCGCUGUGGGUGAAGAGCCUGAGCGACCCGAAUCACAUUAACUGCACCAUCGUCACCGUCACGGAACCCGUCAACAGCUACCUGCCUCUGCUCAUUGCGUUGGUGGUGUGUGUAGCAGUGUGUGUGUUAGCUACAGUGUGGAGCGCAGUGAUGAGGCUGAGCUUUGUGAAUAAUCUCCUCCUGCGUGUAGGGAGCAGCGUGGAGGCCGAGAGACUCAUCAACUCCGAUCUCGGCUCUCCCAGCAGAAUUGUGGAAUCCAGUGAAUCUAUGGCCCCGCCCACCGCCGGGAGACGCCUCCGAUCCCUCGACACAUUCAGAGGGUUUGCUCUGGUGAUCAUGGUGUUUGUGAAUUAUGGAGGAGGACGUUACUGGUUCUUUCGACACCAGAGCUGGAACGGACUCACUGUGGCUGAUCUCGUCUUUCCCUGGUUUGUGUUCAUCAUGGGGACGUCUGUGUCUCUGUCGCUCAGCGGCUCUCUGAUUCGGGGGCUGAGACUUUCUCGUCUGUUGAUGAGAAUCUGUUGGAGGAGUUUACUGCUCUUCAUCAUCGGAAUCAUCAUCAUCAACCCCAGUUACUGCAGCGGCCCCCUCUCCUGGGAAACCCUCCGUAUUCCGGGUGUACUACAGCGCUUGGCGUUUACGUACCUAAUCGUGGCCAUGUUGGAUGUUUCCAUGGCUCGAGCUCGGCUGGGCGGAUCGUCUACGGAUGUCUGGUGGUAUCCAGUUCAUGACAUCGUCCUUUACUGGCCGGCGUGGGUGUGUGUGUUCGUGCUGGAAUUGCUGUGGCUGUGUGUGACGUUCCUGCUGCCAGUUCCGGACUGCCCGAGAGGAUAUCUGGGUCCAGGUGGGAUUGGAGAUUUUGGACUUUACCCAAAUUGCACCGGGGGAGCUGCAGGUUACAUCGACCGCUGGCUGCUGGGAGAAAACCACAUUUACCAAACACCAUCAUCACGGGUUGUGUAUCAGACCACAGUCUCAUACGAUCCUGAGGGAGUUUUGGGAAGCGUUAACUCCAUACUCAUGGCUUUCCUCGGCCUUCAGGCAGGAAAGAUUCUCCAGCACUACAGAGAUCACCCCAGACAGAUAAUGACCCGUUUCCUCAUAUGGGGUUUUGUCCUGGGAAUCAUCUCGGCUAUUCUGACUAAAUGCUCAAGAGAUCACGGCUUCAUCCCCGUCAACAAGAAUUUAUGGUCUCUGUCAUACGUGACGACACUCAGCUGUUUUGCCUUCGUGUUGCUGAUGUUGUGUUAUUACACGGUGGACGUGAGGAGAUGGUGGAGUGGAGCGCCGUUCUUCUACCCAGGUAUGAACUCCAUCCUGGUGUACGUGGGUCAUGAGGUGUUUCAGGAUUACUUCCCAUUCCGCUGGAAAAUGAGGAACAGCCAAUCACACGCCGAGCACCUGACCCAGAACCUGCUGGCCACGUGUGUGUGGAUGCUGAUUUCCUACAUCCUCUACAGGAAGAAGAUCUUCUGGAAGAUUUAAAUUCCCACAUCACCACCUCACACACCCCGGACCUCAAUCCUCCCCUCAAUCCUCCACCCUUCAAUCCACCCCUCAAUCCUCCCCUCAAUCCUCCCCUCAAUCCUCCCUUCAAUCCUCCCUUCAAUCCUCCCCUCAA